UUUACUUACGAUAUUUCAACGGGGCUUAGUGGCCUCGUCUGUUUUGCUCAGAAUGGAUCUUCAUCUCGUAUUGGCGUCUUUGCUCGCGUUAGUUCUUGUCACGAAGUGCGACGUUGUGAAACAUGGUACUGCAAUUGCGAACGAGAAUCAAACAACAAUCAGCAGCGGCACCACGUCAAAAUCGGCGAGUUUGUGUAUCGUGUGCACUUGCACAGAUGGCUACAUCGACUGCAGCAAUCGGAGCUUGGAGAAUCACUUCGAGGAGAGUGAGUGGUCGAAUGUGACGGUCACGGAAAUUUCAUUCGAACAUAAUCGCUUGGUACACGUCACACCUUUUCCGAAGAUAAUUGUGGAGAAACUGAUUCUGCGAAUGAAUCAGAUAUCGAGAAUCGACAAUCAAGCGUUCAAAGAGCUCGUUAAUCUCACCGAACUUGAUCUGAGUCACAAUCAGCUCAAAUCGGAAUAUCUCUCGCCGCAUAUUUUCGAGGGCAAGUUCUCACCGAAUGCGUACGAGCCCUUGUCAAACUUGAAAACUUUGAGCCUGGCCGGUAAUUUACUCCACUGGUUACAUCCGAGUAUAUUCGAACAUCUUCCAAGCCUCGAGGUGCUGAAUAUUUCCGGAAAUCCUUUCAACGUGUUCGAUUAUCGCACGUCCAUAGCGAUCAGCAGUUUGUCGUAUCUGGAGGACUUGGAUAUCAGUUAUUGCGAUUUGAAAAACCUGAGUCUUCAAUUUCACAACGCCAAAUACUUGAAGAGAUUGAACUUGGCGAACAAUAAAUUCACAACCGUGCCGACCUCGCUGGAGGAUGCCAAAGAGUUGGAGUAUCUCCGUUUAGAUUUCAAUCCAAUACGCGUUAUCGAUCACACGAACGGUUUUCCGAACUUGACGUUGCUGAAGGAACUCAGUUUGUGCUACAUGGCGAAUUUGACGGAGAUCGGCAAUGGCGGUUUGUCCGCGUUGAUCGGCCUGGAGAAUCUUUACAUGCAUCAUUGCGAGAAACUGGUAAAAAUAGACGAUUACGCGAUGUCGUUGAAGUUUCAAGUCGUUUUUGCAACGUCACAGGUCACGGGCGCACUGUGGCCUCCGCUGAAGAAACUGGAUCUAACAUCCAACUCACUCCAAUAUUUACCGAUGUUACUCGUCGGCAGAUGGGACAAGCUCGAGGAAUUGCAUCUGACGCACAAUAAUUGGAGUUGCGAUUGCAAUAACCAAUAUCUCAUCGAUCAUGUAUUGCCGCAAUUCGGAGAGAAACUAAUGGGACCUGAUGCGAUCAACGAGCUUACCUGUUCCGCGCCGCCGGAACACGCAGGAAAGAAGCUCACAUCUCUGGCUAAACGGCAUCUGCGGUGUUUGGAUUUGUACGGUGCGCAACCGGAAAAGGACGCCGCGAUACUUAUAGGAGUGCUGAUUGGUAUACUGCUCGCAAUUCCGGUUUGUCUGGCGAUCUUCGUCUUAUGGCGACGCGGUUUCUUCUUCUGCGGUUCGCAAGGUCCCGCGAGCUUUUCCCGUGCCUUUUACAAACGCGCGUCUAACGACGACGAUUUUUAAAUAUACUUAAUAUACUUUAAAUAUACUUUUUUUAGUACAUAGUUUUUUUUUAAAUGUUGUAUAUUUGUAUGCUAUUUUUUUUUUUUUUUUUUUUUUAAUGCUUGCUAUUCCAAGAAAAAGUAAGACACAGUAUCUCUCUCACAGUACUGUAUAUUGAGUAUACAGCGCGCUAAUUGUUGCGACAGAAUUCAUAAUGCGAACCAACGCGCCAACUUAUAUCUAGUCUAGCGACGUUUUCAAAUGUGAAGCGAUUUUCUUCUUUGUUGUAUUUUAUUGAAUUAGUUUUUCAGCGACCUUAUAGACGGACAAAACUAUAACUGUACAUACAUAGUCGGUAUCAGUCUGUAAACGCCUCGUGCCAUGCAAGUCAUCUCACGGUAAUAAAGUAUUUGUAGAA